AUGGACAAGAGUCUGGACAAUGAUGCCGAGGGUGUGUGGAGUCCGGACAUUGAGCAGAGCUUCCAGGAGGCGCUGGCGAUCUACCCACCCUGUGGCCGGCGGAAAAUCAUCCUCUCAGAUGAGGGCAAGAUGUACGGUCGUAACGAGCUGAUCGCCCGGUACAUCAAGCUGCGAACGGGAAAGACACGGACGAGGAAGCAGGUGUCCAGCCACAUACAGGUUCUAGCUCGGAAGAAGGUGCGGGAGUACCAGGUUGGCAUCAAGGUCUCUAGCCACUUGCAGGUUCUUGCCCGACGGAAAUCUCGUGAGAUUCAGUCCAAGCUGAAGGCCAUGAAUUUGGACCAGGUCUCAAAGGAUAAAGCUCUGCAGAGCAUGGCUUCCAUGUCCUCCGCGCAGAUUGUGUCAGCCAGCGUCCUGCAGAACAAGCUCAGCCCCCCACCUCCUCUUCCUCAGGCCGUCUUCUCUGCUGCCCCCAGGUUUUGGAGUGGGCCUAUCCCAGGACAGCCUGGACCCUCUCAGGACAUUAAACCGUUUGCACAACCAGCUUACCCCAUCCAGCCACCCAUGCCUCCAUCACUAGCCAGUUAUGAGCCCUUGGCUCCACUCCCACCAGCUGCCUCGGCCGUGCCUGUCUGGCAGGACCGCACCAUCGCCUCCACCAAGCUCCGGCUCCUGGAGUACUCCGCCUUCAUGGAGGUGCCGCGGGAUGCUGAAACGUACAGCAAACACCUCUUUGUGCACAUUGGCCAGACGAACCCCUCAUACAGCGACCCACUGCUGGAGGCUGUGGACAUCCGCCAGAUCUAUGACAAGUUCCCUGAGAAGAAAGGUGGCCUUAAGGAACUCUAUGAGCGUGGGCCCCAGAACUCCUUCUUUCUCGUCAAGUUUUGGGCUGAUCUGAACAGCACAAUCCAGGAUGGGCCGGGGACCUUCUAUGGUGUCAGCAGCCAAUACAGCAGUGCAGAGAACAUGACCAUCACAGUAUCCACCAAGGUGUGCUCCUUUGGGAAGCAGGUUGUGGAGAAAGUGGAGACGGAGUAUGCACGUCUGGAGAACGGACGGUUCGUCUACCGCAUCCACCGGUCUCCCAUGUGCGAAUAUAUGAUCAACUUCAUCCACAAACUCAAGCACCUCCCAGAGAAGUACAUGAUGAACAGUGUCCUGGAGAAUUUCACCAUCCUGCAGGUUGUUACGAACAGGGAUACCCAGGAAACCUUGCUCUGCAUUGCCUUUGUUUUCGAGGUCUCCACCAGCGAGCACGGCGCCCAGCACCAUGUGUACAAGUUAGUCAAGGACUAGGGGCACUCGGGGACAGGCAGGGGCACAAGGGGCAUGCAGGGGAGGGAGGGGGCCAUGCAGAGUAGCCGCCUGUGCCUGUUGCCUUGUGAGAAGUCGUUUGAAGAGAGAAGGAGGAAGAACAACAAUAGCCAAAAAAGACUGACUUGUGAUUGCAGAUGUUUUCUACUUAGGAACAGUUUCUUUUUUUUUUUUUAAUAAAUGGAAAAAAAAAACCCAAAAAA